AUGGCCCCCGGAAAGAAGAACCUCAAGGCGACCAAGAAGUUCGAGAAGAAGCACCUCAAGGGCGUGCUCGACAAGAGAAAGGCCAACGCAAAGGUCAAGCAGCGCCAUCAGAUCCAGGACAAGAAGAAGGCCCGGCGCGCAAAGGAUGCCGACUUCUUCAAGGGCGGCAAGGACGGCGGCGAGGAGGGCGGCGAGGCGCCCAAGAAGCCCAACGGCGUCAAGGGCAAGAAGUCGACCGAGAUGAGCGUCGACGACUUCUUCUCCGGCGGCUUCGAGGACAUCAUCGACGACAAGGCUGCCGCCAAGGCCAAGCUCGGCAAGCGGAAGCGCAGCGACCCCAAGAAGGAUGGCGAUGAUGGUAGCGACUCGGACGACUCCGUUGGCGCGCAGCCCGUGGCCGUCAGCGAUAGCGAGGAUGAGGAGGAGGAGGACGCCGCAACGGACGGCCACGGCAUGAGCCAAAAGGCCAUGGACGACCUCGCCGAAAAGGACCCCGAGUUCUACAAGUUCCUCAAGGAGAACGACCCCGACGCGCUCGACUUUGACGACAACGCCGACCUGGCCGAGGUGGACGAACUCAGCGCGGGCGAGGAGUCGGCAGAAGAGGAGGAGCAGCCCAAGAAGAAGCGGAAGAAGGCCAAGGCGGCCGCCGAGGAGGAAGAGGAGCCCGCGCAGGCCAACGAGCUGACCCGCGCCACCGUCGCCUCUUGGCGGAAAGCCAUGGCGGAGAAGCAAUCCCUCAGAGCCGCCAGGCAAGUCGUGCUUGCGUUCCGCGUCGCCGCUCACCUCAACGAGGAGGACGAGGAGGAUGCGCCGCAGCGAUGGGUCAUCAACAGCCCCGAAGUCUUCAACGACGUUCUCGUCCUGGCGCUCAAGGAGAUCCCCGUGGUUAUGAACCACCACCUCCCCGUGAAGGAGUCCGCGUCCGGCAAGGUCUACGUGCAGACGGAGACCAAGAAGUUCAAGACGCUGUCGCUGCUGCUCAAGUCGUACACGUCCUCCAUCAUGCACCUCCUCAGCACCCUCUCCGACGACAAGACGCUCAAACUCACGCUGUCGUCCAUCACCCCCAUCCUGCCGUACCUGCUCUCUUUCAAGAAGCUCAUCCGGGCGCUGGCCAAGUCAGUCGUCAACUUCUGGGCGCAGCCCGCCAGCACCGAGACGACCAAGAUCACCGCCUUCCUCGUCCUGCGGCGGCUCGUCGUCAUCGGCGACAAGGGCAUCCGCGAGACGGUCCUCAAGGCCACGUACCAGGGCCUCGUUCAGGGCUGCCGCGUCACCAACCACAACACGAUCCAGGGCAUCAACCUGAUGAAGAACUCGGCCGCCGAGCUCUGGGGCAUCGACCCGGCCGUCGGCUACACCACCGCCUUCACCUUCAUCCGCCAGCUCGCCAUCCACCUGCGCAACAGCAUCGUCCACAACAAGAACGACUCGUUCCGCAUGGUCUACAACUGGCAGUUCACCCACUCGCUCGACUUUUGGUCGUGCGUGCUCGCCGAGCACUGCAGCCCGCUCAAGGAGGCCGAGGCCGGCAAGGAGAGCCAGCUCAAGCUCCUCAUCUACCCGCUCGUCCAGGUGACCCUCGGCGCCAUGCGACUCAUCCCCACCUCCCUGUACUUCCCCCUGCGCUUUCACCUCGUACGGUCGCUGCUGCGCACGUCCCGCGCCACGGGCACCUACAUCCCUCUCGCGUCGCCCCUCCUCGAGGUCCUCUCCUCAGCCGAGAUGAAGAAGCCGCCCAAGGCCACCACCCUCAAGGCCUUUGACUUCUCCGUCGCCUACAAGGCGCCCAAGUCGUACCUGCGCACGCGCGUCUACCAGGACGGCGUCGGCGAGCAGGUCGUCGAGCUCCUCAGCGAGUACAUGCUCCUGUGGAGCACCUCCAUCGCCUUCCCCGAGCUCGCCCUCCCCGUCGUCAUCCAGCUCAAGCGCUGGAUCAAGCAGGCCCGCUCCAAGUCCCAGGGCAACCGCAACGCCAAGCUCGUCUCCCAGCUCGUCCUCCUCGUGCAGAAGCUCGAGGCCAACGCCAAGUUCGUCGAGGAGCGCCGCGCAAAGGUCGACUUUGCGCCCAAGGACCGCGCCCAGGUCGAUGCUUUCCUGCGCGACUUUGACGUGGCCAAGACGCCGCUCGGCGCCUACGUCGUCGGCCAGCGCAAGGCCAGGGCUGAGAGGGCCAAGAUGCUCGAGGAGGCCCGCAAGGAUGAUGACAGGAAGAGGAGGGAGGAGGAGAUGGCCGAUGAUGCACAGGAUGAUAGCGAGGAUGAGAUGGACGUGGACCUCGAGGGCGAGGAAGACGAAGGGGUGGAUGAGGAUGAAGACGAGGACGAGGAUGACGAGGGGUCAGAGGAUGAUGAGUAG